AGUAGUAAACUCAAUGCAGGUGGCGCACAUCCUGGUUAUUUGACAACAUACACCGUCUUUUCUUACAGAAAACAAACAUGUAACGUUAACAUAUAUUCCCAUAGCGAGGAUUUUGACCCUUCCGGACCGUACUAGUGUGUUAAAGGUGAAAUCGUAGACUAACUACUGGCGAUAUAAGGUGCGCAGAGGAAGAAAAUAAACCGCCGAUUUGCCGAUGGACGUAUUCUUUUGCGUUUUCGUUUUACCGUCGUGUUGCUAUUCCGUUUCGUCGAUAUGGACAUGUAGCUAAUGUGGGGUUAUCUCGAAAAUAUCUAAAAUCGACUUUCUCCACGUUUCAUAGUGUAUUUCGUGCUCCGAAAGGGAACCCGAGGUCGCACAACAACCUGCAGGCCUUGUCGUGUGUUUGUGUUGUUUUACUUUGAAACACACCAGUGGGUUUUUUUUUGUUAGGUUUUAGUUUGCUAACAAGUCGUUGACCGUUACGAGUUUACACAAGAUGAGUUUCUUUAGUUUCGGACAAAGUGCAGACAUUGAUGUGGUCCUGAAUGACGCGGAUACGAGAAAGAAGGCUGAACACAAGACGGAAGAUGGAAAGAAAGAUAAAUACUUUCUGUUCUAUGAUGGCGAGACUGUCGGCGGAAAGGUGAACGUCACCCUGAAGAACCCCGGGAAGAGGCUGGAGCACCAGGGCAUCAAAAUUGAAUUUGUUGGCCAAAUAGAGCUGUAUUACGACAGAGGAAACCAUCAUGAGUUUGUUUCCCUGGUGAAAGAUCUUGCGAGACCGGGUGAAAUAACUCAGUCGCAGACCUUCGACUUUGAGUUCACUCAUGUCGAAAAACCCUACGAGUCGUACACAGGCCAGAACGUCAAGCUAAGAUAUUUCCUCCGGGCCACGGUGGUCAGACGACUAAAUGACAUCAGUAAAGAGACGGACAUCGUGGUGCACACGCUGAGCACGUACCCUGAACUCAACUCCUCCAUUAAAAUGGAAGUGGGAAUCGAGGAUUGUCUCCACAUUGAGUUUGAGUACAACAAAUCCAAGUACCAUCUGAAAGAUGUUAUUGUGGGAAAAAUCUAUUUCCUGCUGGUGAGGAUUAAAAUUAAACACAUGGAGAUUGACAUCAUCAAACGCGAGACGACGGGUACCGGACCAAGCGUGUACCACGAAAACGACACGAUCGCCAAGUACGAGAUCAUGGACGGCGCCCCGGUCAGGGGAGAGUCCAUUCCCAUCCGGUUAUUUCUAGCCGGUUAUGAUCUGACUCCCACCAUGCGAGACAUCAACAAGAAGUUCUCAGUGCGCUACUACCUAAACCUGGUUCUGAUCGACGAGGAGGAGAGACGCUACUUCAAACAGCAGGAAAUCACACUGUGGAGGAAAGGGGACGUGGUGAGGAAGAGCAUGUCCCACCAGGCGGCCAUCGCCUCACAGAGGUUCGAGGGCUCGGCCGCCUCAGAGAGCGCGCUGGAGCAGGCGGCCAAGGAGGAGAGCGGAUAGCGGCCUGCAGCCCGCCAGCCUCCUCUACGUCCGGAGGUACCCGUCGACCCAACGGCAUCUGGUGACGCAGCGGUUUUUAUUUGUAGCCGGUGGAGGGGGAUGAAGGACGAAGGGAGACCGACACACAGUCAUACGCUCAGUAUGUGAACAAUGCGACCGUUUGCAUGAGGCAUUCCAAGUGGCUUCUUCGGGCUGCUGGUCUUGUACUUCCUCAUUAAUGCAAUUUUUCUUUUCUUCAAGGGAAUCAAAUUAAUCAUUAGCAAUGUCCACUGUGUCAAAACCUUCCAUGUGUGAUAUUAUUGAUUUCUUUUUUUUUGGCCUUCUGUCAGAUACUUUAACGCUUAUUUAGUAUAAAUUAAUUUCUGAUCUUUAACUUAAUCUCUUGACUGUCAUGAAUUUGCUGAAAUGUAUCUCCGACAUUCCGUCUUUAAUGAAUGCAUUCUUAACAUUGUACGGUCAAGAAAUCUGAGAUUUUUUUUCUUGCUGAACACUUCCUCUUUUUUUCUUUGUUUGUGUGUGCACAAAAAUGAUUAAAGUGGAAACUUUCCAUUUGGAGGGCGUAAGUAUUAUUGCACACUUAUGGGUGUUUUGUUCUGUAAAUAAGACCAGCUAAAACAUUUGAUCCUGUUCCAGCUUGUGUACGUUGAAUAUACAGUACACGGUGCCACAAGAUGACCUUUCGUGUUCAUGUGCUUUGCCUCGGCAUUCCGGUGGUGUUAGGAAAAGGUGUUUGUAUUAAGGUCUAAUAGUAUAAAGUCCACUGUAUCCUCUUUAGAGAUUUAAAAGUUGUGCCUAACUGUAUCAAGCAAAUGAAUCCUCCUGCCUCUUAAACAUGAUUUUAGUCUUUUAACCAGAGAAAGAUUUACGGUAGCGCUCUUUUGCAGAAUGCUAAUGACUUCCUUGUCCCUGAGAGUCAAAUAAAUUGAUGCCAAAUGAAAAGAA